CCCUAAGCUUCCGAGUUGGUCGCCGAUGGGAAGCACACACACAGACAGCGCGGCGCUGCUGCUUCCUGUGCUCUGACUAAGGGUGAAGGCUCUCAAGCGAGUUUCGGCCGAGUACAACGCAACAAGUCGACUCCCACCAACGCUUCACGGUGGGCAGGAAUGCAUCGCACGAAGGACCACAUCACGUCCACGUGCAGGUGGUUGUAUCAUGCCAGGGUGCAACGUUUCAAUGGAUCCUUCCCUGCAUUUCAGUGCCCGAGUGUCAUAUAUCGGAAUGGGUGAGUGAUUAAUUCGUCGCCAGCUGCUCGGCUCAUUCUGCAGCGGUAAGUAAGUGCUCAGCGAAGGAAGGUACAUCCGGGCAUUCUAUAUGCACGCAUCUCUUUCGCUGGUCUGCAGGCGUUGGCGACGCGAGUUUAGCUCUGCAAUGCAAUCCAACCCACCGUCUGCCAGCUCGUCGGUGCCACCCCCUCGCCCUCCCCCUCCCCCUCCCCCUCCCCUAGCGCUCCCCAACAACCCCCGCCCUGCGACGCGGCCCUUAGCGCUCCACCGGUCGGUGUAUGUGUGGGAGGAUGAGUGCGACGAGAUGGUGCAGCCGGCAUCGCACACACAGCCAGUGCCGCCACAGCUACAGUACAGACCGCCCCGACCUCACCGCUCUGCAGAGGCCCACGGGGAACGACGCGAUCUAGAUGAACUCAUGAGAAGGUGCGCCUACUCUCUCGCUCUCUCUCUCUCUCUCUCUCUCUCUCUCUGUCCACACACACACACACACACACGUACAUCCAAGGCAACACAACACAUGGAUGGAUGGAUGAUGGAUGCCUUCCGUGUUUUGUUGUUCCUUUGGCAGUUUGGACGAGCUGGACGGCGGCCAGCCUUUCGGUGCGCCUGCAGCCCCCCUGCCGUUCAUGAGUGAGCAGAUGAUGACGGUGAAGUUGGAGGCCUCAGCUGGCGUGACCAGCCCCCCCUACUCCCAAUGGCUGCUCCCGCGAAUCGACGAGGAGCCGCCACACCUGCCGCCACACCUGCCAUUCCACCCACAUCAGCACGCGGCUGCAAACGGCGGAGCGCAGCUUGAACCCCCACAUGAGCAGCCUGCCGCUGCAGCCGCUGCUGGGAGUGACAUGGUGGUGGAUGGGCCACUGGAGGGCCAGAAGCAGCACCCGGCCGCAUCUCGCGACACUCUCAUCCUCAAGUCGGCUGGCUGUUUCGAAGUCAAGAGGUCGGUGACUGCACAGCCACAGCCGUCCAGCGCAGACGACGGGUCGCGCAGUGCAGCGGAUAAGGCGGGUCCGGGUGAUGGGGGAGAUAGCGGGGCAGUGGGGGAGGUGGCGAGGUUUGUGGAUGCGGCCGGCCGUUCGGUGGACCCAGGCAUCGAGGACGUGUACGUGCCUCUGGUGCCCAUGACCUCCCCAGCAGACGACAGCCAUGCCAACACCGACCGUGGGGAGCGGCGUGAGGCGAGCGGGCACUACCUGUUCUGCAAGGAGUAUCAGCAGGGGUGUGAGGGCUGCCCGGGAUGCUACCUAGCACCCGGAGUGGGCGUAGGCGUGGGUGUGGAUGUGGGAGCCGCCCACCCCCCCUACUGUCCAUACCCAUCAGUCAAUAGCGAGAAGUCCCUCCCGUUGCUCAACCCACUGGUGGCACAUCGGCUGUGGGCAGGGCCGGGGGGCGAGGGCGACGUCAGCUCAUCCGACGAAGGCCGCAAGGACUCAGACAUGCCGCCCCCCAGCCUCCUGCACGUGUGCCGCAACUUCCAGCAGCCCCCUCCACUCGCACACCCACAUGGGCAUGCCCCCCGGAAGCACAAGGCCCGUUCCAAGAGCGGCAAGCCGAAGGUCAAGCGCGAGAUGGAGCUGGAGGACCCCGUAGAGAUCAGUGGCGAUCUGAUCGAGGCCAAGGCGCGUCAUGCAGCAGAAAUGGCCCGGCGGCUGCAGGCGAGAGAGCACGACGAGAGUGCCCUUCUGAUGGGUGCUGUCAAGGAGGAGGCAGUAGAGGGGGCGAUGGGUGAUAAGGGCAGGGCUGGGCAGCGCACACGGCGCAAGAGUAAGAGGGCAGUGGCCGAGGGGGACGAGUGGGCGGUGGAGGGAGGAGGACCAAACGCCAUACAGCAGGUCAGCGAUCACCCACAGGCAAACGAAAGGAAACACAGCCAGAUGGAUGCACAUGUGUGUAUGUGUGUUUGUGUGUGUUUGUCGCCUGUUCAGAUGUAUCAUUCCCUGGGUCUGCACCGCAGCGAGACCACCGACACCUCUGCAGACCCUCUAGCCGACCACCAUCAGCAGCAGGUGAUAGCCUACGGCCGUCCCCCCCAGCCCCAUGACCCCGCCGGCUGGCUGGCCGAGGGGGGCUGGGACGGCGGACCAGGGCUGGCCUACGGCCGAAACCGUUGGGGACUGGGAAAGGCCAGCAACAGUCUGUGUGGCGUGGGUGGGGGGGGCAAGGAUCCCUUCCGCACGGACAGUGAGGGUGCAUUGGUGCAGAAGAAGCCGAAGAAGCCGCGGGCCAAGAUGAGCAGGGACGCAUCGGGCAUGAGAUUCCAACUCGGUGGGUGAUUGUUGCAAGGGGAAAGAAAGGCUCCUGCUGGAGGGUCGUGGGUAGGGGGGGUGCGAUGGGUGUCUGGUGUCUGGUGUGUUGUGUUGGCACCAGGUGAGGCUGGUAGGAACGAGCUCAAGAGGAGGAUUAGCCAGAAACUCAAGGAGGAACCCCACUGGAAGGCUAUCAUGUGAGCUGAGCGUAUUACAUGGCCGCACUGCAGCCAUGACACACAGACAAAAGGACAAUACUCAUCCCGCUCUGUCUAUGCCCGUGCGUGUGUGCGUGUUCAGUCCGACGGGUCAGAUCAAGUUGGCGACCAUCACCAAACUGCUAGAAAUGGCUGAGGUGGGGAGGGAUGGACCACACACAAAGAAAACCACACUCAGACAGACAGACAGACAGAUGCUUUGCGUUGCGGUGCAUGGCUGCAUUCAUUCUUCAUGCAUAUAUCUACUCAUCCACUCAUCCCCCCCUGCAUACUGAUCAGACGUUGGGUUUGACUGGUGAGGUGCAUCGCAUCUACUCGCGGCGCUGCAGGGAGACACAAGGACCCCCGCAGCCACCCAAGCCGCGCAGGCAAGGACUCCAACCACACGCACCGCCCAGACAGACGCACGGCCCUCACCGGCCACUUCUGUCUGAUGGAUGACACACGCACAUUUGCUCUGCAGGUCCAGUAGGGACCGUGUGAAGUCCCCGUUGCUGCCGAGCAGCCAGGCGGCCCUGCAUCCCCUGCACCCCCUGGUGUCGCUCCUCCAGUGUGACGACAACAUAUCCGAUGACACCUCACAGCCGUCCAUCGCCACCACCCUCCCCAAGCGACGCAAAUUCGACAUUACCGAGUGCAUGGCCGCUGACAUGGGCGAUGAGAUGGACGAACUGCAGCAGCCCAUGGGUGGGGGGAAGGAGACGGCCGGGGCGGCACACAGCCAAUUCCACUCCGCCAGCAAGGUGAGACUCAUCAACGGGGGGGGAGGCGCUGAUUGAUUGAUGGACUGACUGAUGCACUGUUUGGUGUAGGAUGAGGAGGAUCCAUAUGGUGCGUACUACGCUGCCGGUGCCGCUGCAGCGGCUGCCGCAUGUGGGGUGGCGCCGCCCCCCAUGCCCCAGCCCAUCCACCCCGACCCACGGCCGCUGAUCUUCAUCCCUCGGCGCAAGGACGUGGGCGGCACCAACAUAGACCAUGAUGCCAAGGAGGGGACGGACAGCCACCAGCCACAGACAGCAGCGGCACCAGCAGCAGCAGCAGCGGCAGCUGAUGGUGGUGGUGGUGGCGAUGGGGGCGGCAUGUGUGAUGGGGAUGGUGAGGGGAUGGAGACGGCAGACGACCAUGACAGCCACGGUGUGCCUGCAGAGCCGGCGGGGCCGCCCCCUGGGCUCUCGCAGGAGGGGAAGCAGUAGGCGGGCCGACAAGCGUCUCUCAUGUACAGACAGACAGACAGGUGCGGAGGGCGGAUGGCACUGGGUGGGACGGUGUGGGUCACUGAGAGACCUCUUGUGUGUGUCCCUUUCUUUGUGCAGGUGUGUGUGGGAGGGGCAGACCAAUCGUCUCUCUUGUCUCUGGGUGGAAUGAAUGAAUGGCUGCUGCAUGGUGGAUGAAUGGAUGGAUGAAUGAAUGAAUGAAUGAAUGGAUGGGUGGGUGGAUGGAUGGAUGGAUCAAGAAGGAGAGGAGUGCCGGUCUGUCUGGCUGUCUGGCUGGCUGUCUGUCCAUACAUGUGUGUGUGUGGAUGUGUGUCUGUGUGGUGGCUGUUUGACAUAGCGAGAGGUAGACAAGACUCACUCAGGCCACGCACCACAAUGAAUCCAUUAGCAGCAAAAACGGAAAACACCAAACUGAGGGAAUGUUUCUUGGCAUGCUGUCGUGGCGAUGCAAAACUUGC